AUGAUCGAAUCACUCAUUAGCAUCGCCUUUUGUCUAUCCAGCCUACUGACCUUGAUCAUUCUGCUCCUGCCGUCGCAAUAUGAGCCAUCGAAAAAGGCAAAAGGCGGAAACGGCACGCCGCGGCCGACUGUCCAGAUCCUCGUCUUGGGAGACAUCGGACGGAGCCCCCGCAUGCAGUAUCAUGCCCUGAGUGUCGCCCGCAAAGGCGGGAAAGUCGACAUCAUUGGCUAUCAAGAGUCUGACCCUCACCCUGAGAUUCUGACCGACCCCAAUAUCACGAUAGUUCCACUGCGUCCUCACCCGCCAUUCCUACAGACGAGCAACAAGAUACUGUUUAUACUAUAUGGACCUCUAAAGGUCUUAUUCCAGGUCGCUUAUCUUUGGAAAUGUCUGGCAUAUACGACUGCGCCAGCUCAAUGGAUGAUUGUACAGAAUCCGCCAUCUAUUCCCACACUCGUGGUCGCCUCGGUGUCUUGCUUUCUACGACAUACACGACUGAUCAUCGACUGGCACAACUUUGGAUAUUCGAUUCUCGCCUUGAAAUUGGGUCGAAACCAUCCGCUCGUCAAGGUGUCAACUUGGUAUGAAAGGACCUUCGCCCAAUCGGCUUCAGUCCAUUUUUGUGUCACAGACGCAAUGGGUUCCGUGCUCAAAGAUCAAUUCAACCUCCGCGCACCUAUUCUCACCCUGCACGAUCGACCAGCAAACCAUUUCCACCCGAUCCAAGAUCCGGGAGAGCGCAAGAAGUUUUUGGUCACACUCCCCGGGGCGGAGCCACUGCGUGAAUUAUUAGAAUCCGGCGGCGCGGAGGUGCUGGUCAGCUCUACAUCCUGGACACCGGACGAGGAUUUCUCUGUGCUCAUUGAAGCUCUCCAACAAUAUUCCGAACAAACAGAGAAUGAGCCAUGCCUCCCCCAUAUCCUGGCCGUCAUCACUGGCAAGGGACCCCAGAAGGAGAUGUAUAUGCGGCAAAUUGCGGCAUUGGAGGCAGAAGGGAAGCUGAAGAAGGUCACCAUUCGGACUGCAUGGCUGACAGUGCAGGACUACGCUCAACUUCUAGCCUCGGCAUCACUGGGGGUCAGUCUGCACACCAGCAGCAGUGGAGUAGAUCUUCCAAUGAAAGUUGUAGACAUGUUUGGUGCAGGACUGCCCGUGGUUGGAUGGAAUCGCUUCAAAGCUUGGCCGGAAUUGGUGACUGAGGGUGUCAACGGAAUGGGUUUUGGGAGCGCGGCCGAGUUGACUGAUCAAUUGGUGACUUUUUUCAAAUAUCCGCAGCAGCUGAAUCGUCUUCGGACGGGCGCGCAAAUGGAAAGCGGCCGCCGCUGGGAGGAUGAGUGGGAUCCGAUCGCAGGGACUUUGCUAGGCCUCACAUGA